AAACGUGUACCAACCUUUUCGCUGACGUUUCGACAAUUCCUCUUUGCGUGUGUCAUCCGGUGUGUUUACGUGCCGAAGUUAAUGAAUAAAUAAGACCUCACAAAAUUCCAGUGCUUCGCUUCGGGACGAAACAAUAGUCGAUAGAUGUUAUUUAAUGUUUGAUUGUGUGUUGAAACCGUUCACUGCAAGCAACAUACGACGGCAGCAAGAUGGGAACGGAAUGGGACACACUACGGAAGCAGGCUCGCCAUUUGGAGAACGACAUCGACAUGAAGCUGAUCGCUUUUAAUAAAGUCGGCGUGGGGGCGGCCAGCUCCUCGGUUGCGCCGACGGGCAACACGGACACGUCCCCGCUGCUGGGGGACCAUGUCUUCGAGUCGUUGUCCCUGGAGAUAGAGCAAAUGCUGGACAAGCUGUCCAACAUCAACGAAAAGAUGUCCGAGAUACCGAACAGCGGGGCAGCGGUAAUGCAUGUGCUGCAGAGACAUCGCGAAAUACUGCACGGGUAUCGGCAAGAGUAUUUGAAAAUACAGGCCAACCACACAACACGAAUGGAGCGCGAGGAGCUGUUACGGGGGUCCGGCCUGGGGACGUCCUCCCCGUCCACGUCCGGGCUGAGCCGCAGGGACAUGUACCUCAAGGAGAACACCCAUCUGCACAGCUCCAGCUCGCUGGUGAACGAUCAGAUCAGCAUUGCCAUGGAAACGAAAGAGCACCUAACAUCACAGCGGCAGCAUUUGAAACGAUUCCAGACGCGCAUGCACGACAUUUCGAACCGCUUUCCCCUCAUAUCCAGCUUAAUCCAACGAAUUAAUAUCAGGAAACGGCGUGAAUCGCUCAUUCUCGGUGGCGUGAUAGCGGUAUGCACAAUCUUACUGCUGGUGUACGCGUUCCACUGACUUCCCAACUAACGCUGACGCUACUAAACUAAAGAUAUCGCUGCUAGCGCAUUUUUUAAAUCAUUCUUUAACCUUUUUUUUUUGUUCGAAAACGAAUAAUAGUGCAGUCAAGAGAAGGAAAACAAAAGUUUGUUCUUACCCCGGCAGGUGUCUGUUGAUCGAUUUGUGUAACGAUUUGUAAAAAUGGCAAAUAAAUAAUGUGAUAUUCUUAAAUAA